CUGUGUGGUUUGGAUCCUCAGGUGGUCUGUCCCAGGAGAAGGAUACCAAUGCCUCUGCUCUGGCAAAGCAGGAGGUCAGAAUGGCACAUAUGGAGUCUGCUCUUGCCAGCCUCAUGGAACAGAGUGCACUCGUGGGACAGCUCAGAGAGGAGAACCUGUAUUUGCCACAGCAGCAGGCGUCCAGCCUGAAGUAUGGUAGUUUGUUUGAAAAUGUGCAGAGCGCUAAAAGCAAUACCAGGCUAAAGCAGGCAGCAUCCCGUAUUGCUCGUCUGAGCAGAGAGAAACAGCAGCUGAUAGAGAUAGGCAACCGCCUCCGUGCACAAAUAACUACAGCUGGACCACAGGAACCAGUGGAGCCAGAGAGGGACUCGUCCACAGAGAAACAAGGAGACCAUCAUGAUGGGCUGAUUGCUUUGGAACAGCUGCAGUACCAGCUCACCACACAGGAGCUACAGUAUGCACUGAGGCAGAGGGCUGGCACUUUUGCUGAACAACUUCUACUUGGAAAAAACAGCCCAGAUUCUGCCACAAAAGGGGCUGCCAACCCCUGGUGCAAAGGGUUCAAAAUCACAGACAGGCCUGAGAGCUCCAAGAACAAAGAGAACAAGCUCAGCCAAUCACAGAGCUCCAUGGACGUGGGGCUGCAGCCCAACUCAGGUCUGUCAUCAGAGGAGUCACAGCAGUCCUUAAAGGAGCUGUGGGACAUACUGGACCAUGGAGCCAGUCUGUCGAUUUUCUCAGAAGGCGAGGCUGAGCUGAGCAGGAGGGAGGUGGCUGAGUCCGGUGGUGCUGAAUUCCAAAUGACAGUGCAUGGUAUAAAAGCUCCCAUCCAUAGCCAGUUCCCAACGGAGGUCCAGCAGAAGAGGAACCCCUCUAAAACACCAUCAAACACUGCCAGGACCAGCAGACCUGGAUCCACAGGCAGGAGCUGCAAGAUCAGAAACUACAAUGUUAAAGUCUGACAUACUUAUAAUACAAUCUGUCAGUACACUGCUUAUGUGAGUCCUGAUCAGCCUUUGUCAAGUCAAGUCAAAUAACCCUUAUUAUGUCAUAGUGCUGUCAUUAGGAUUAUUGCCGUCAAAAAUUCAUAACAGCAAGCCUUCAUUACAGCGGCAUGGAGUGUGAAAGGGAGCGUCUAACCAUAGGAAGGUGUUUAAUUGGACCUUCUUUCUUUUUAUAUACUUUAUUAAUCCCCCUGAGGGGAAAUUCAAUUCAAUUCAAUUUUUCCAUAACACCCAAACUCAAUAAUCUGCAUUACAUUUUGGAAUAUGUAUGUAUUAUUACAUUGUAGUAAACUCGCCUUUUUUUCAUGGGUUGCUUAACAGCAACAGAUAAUUAUUUGCUAAACAGCAUGAUUAGAUACCAUUUUAUUUUGUAAUGUUUGGGUAAUGACUUCUGCUCUGUUAUAAAUAUGUUCUUACUUUAAUAAAAAUAUUUUUGAAGCAACCAGUGUAACUGAUGAUGCAGAACACACAAUAAAGAUGUGCUUUAUGUUCACAUCAAUCAGCAAUUAUAUUAUAUCAUAUCAUAUCAUAUAUUAUAUUGAACACUUUGGGCCUGCAUC